AGCGGGGCAGGUCGUUCUUCCCAGGCGACGGAAAGGCGCCCGGCUGCCUCGGCGGGGAACUUGCAGAGGGGAGAGAGUCAAGAGCCUCCCCGUCCGCGCCCCACGUCCACGGCUCGGCUAAGGCGAGUGGAGGCCCGCCGAGGGCGCACAUGGAGCAAGGCGAGGUGGGAAGGAAGAGGCGGGCAGGCAGGGAAGAGGAGGAGGAGUCCGGCGCCUCCUCCAGCAGGCAGGGCGAGUGGCAAGCGCCGAAGGACGUCCGCUUUUCUCUUGCCACCGUGCCCAAGCUCCUGAGGAGCGGUGUUUCAUUGCUUUGGCCUCCAAACAGGAGGGGGGCAGCUAAACGGGAUGCCAGGAGGUGACAUGGCAAAGCCACUCCUUGGUCAUCAGAAUGGGGAGAGUGACUCGAAUCUGGUCGCAACUGCUGGCAGCAAGACCGUCAGCAUUCUGGGAAGUGGUGAUUUUGCACGCUCUCUGUCUAUGCGUCUCGUGUGCUCAGGUUUCAAGGUGGUGAUUGGAAGCCGGAAUCCAAAGCGCAAUAUGAGUCUCUUCCCUUCAGCAGCCGAAGUGACUUUCCAGGCAGAUGCUAUAAAGAAGACAGAUAUUAUCUUUGUGGCAAUUUUCAGAGAACACUACACCACGCUCUGUGACCUUAGCGACGAGCUGUCUGGCAAAAUAUUGGUGGAUGUUAGCAACAAUGCUGAAAUAAACCACCACAAGGAAUCAAAUGCGGAGUACUUGGCAUCGCUGUUCCCAACAUGCACUGUUGUCAAAGGAUUUAAUGUCAUAUCAGCAUGGACCCUGCAGUCAGGUCCCAGGGAUGGGAAUAAGCAGGUCUUUAUUUGCUCAGACAACCAGGAAGCCAAACGUGCCAUUGCUGAAAUUUCUCACAUGCUGGGGUUCACUCCUGUGGACAUGGGCUCCUUGACCGCAGCUCGUGAAAUUGAGAAUAUUCCUCUGCGACUCCUCCCUGCCUGGAAGAUCCCUGUCUUCUUGGCCUUGGGUCUGUUUCUGUGCUUCUAUACCUACAACUUCAUCCGGCAAGUUUUGCACCCUUUCAUUCGGGACCAUAAGAACAAGUUCUACAAGAUCCCCGUGGAGGUCAUCAACACUACACUGCCUUGUGUCGCCUACGUUAUGCUGUCCCUCGUCUACCUUCCUGGAGUGCUCGCUGCAAUCUUUCAACUGUACUACUGCACUAAAUACAGGCGCUUCCCAGACUGGCUUGACCAGUGGCUACAGCACAGGAAACAGAUUGGCCUUCUAAGUUUCUUCUGUGCUGCCUUGCAUGCAGCGUACAGCUUUUGCCUACCCAUGCGACGGUCCCAUCGUUACCUGUUACUCAAUGAUGCUGUCAAGCAGGCACUAGAGAAGAAAGAAAAUGCCUGGAUAGAAGAGGAGGUCUGGAGGAUGGAGAUUUACAUCUCUUUUGGCAUCAUGGCCUUGGGUUUGCUCUCCUUACUUGCCAUAACAUCACUUCCUUCGAUCUCCAAUGCUCUCAAUUGGAGGGAAUUCAGUUUCAUUCAGGUAAAGAAUAUGUUUACAGGGGAGGAAGUCCUGUCUGCUUGAUGCUAGCCCUCAGUUUCUCCACCACCACUACCCUGCCACUUUCGGUUUUCUAUGACCUGUUAGCCCUUCCCCCCCCCCCCCUUUUCUUGCCGUACUACUUUCUCUUCGUUUUCCAGCCAUGGGUGCUUUUUUAUCCCCCACUGACCUUUCUGUCCCUUUUCUUGUGCCCCCUCCCCCCAUAACUUUCUCUUUCAUUUUGAGACUCCCGUGGCUGUCUUUUCCAUUUGUUGCCACUACCACAUCUUUCUCUGGAGUCCCUCUAUUGGUACAUUCCUUGCUUUUCCAUGCCAAGGUUGCUAAGCGACCCACAACACUAUCCAUGAUUUCACUUAACUACUUAGUGCACAUCUGGGGGUUAUCCCAGAUUUGUAAAUUUCCCUUCCCUGGUUAUAUGCCCAACAAAAACCAUAAAUGCCAUGGGAAGCUGUACACUAAAAGUGUGUGCUUAGAAAAACCUGUACUGACAAGAAUACUGUGGGCAAAAGGAUUUGAAGAUUAACAGCCCAAUCCUAAUGGUGGGGCCAAAUUGUGUCUUGGAGGUAGCACAGGGCCACACUGUCGUGUUCACUCCCUUCACCAGCACAAAAGACACUUCCACCGGCAGAGCGGGGUAAAGAUGCCAGUGACCAGCUGCCCCUCAGCUCUGCAGUAGUAAAACCAGGAAAUCUGGGCCAUUGUAAAGCUGCACUGGGCUCCAGUUGGUUGCUAGUCCAGGGGGUGUGGGUGGGGCAUUCCUGGAAGCAGUCAGCUUCCUCCCAGGUUUGAGAACAGUUUCACAGCAGCCUGGGGUUUGGACUUACGUCACCCUUUCGGGUGCUGUAAGUCCAUUAAGCCCUAUGGAGGGCUUUCCGGUGGCGGGGUAUUUUUCUGCCUCCCUGUACUGCCAGAAAGCCCUCUGUAGGCAGCAGGGAAGCGCUGUCCCUGGUUACCUUGGGCUGUAAGUUCUAUAUCUUAAAUAAAUACAUAGGAUCUUUUGGGGAGCGCCCUUCCACACGUGCAAAUUUCUUACAAAGAGCCCAAGGCAAAUUCUAAAUUUUUGUUCUGUUUGCAGACAUGCAAAAGCUCCAUCUUCAUUUUUAAAUCUAACCAAGGACAGCAUCUAUGUCCCCAUGUAAGUGCAGCUGUGCUUGCAGAAUGGGCUUAGCCUUGGGCUUAAUGGAAGCUUCCAUUCUCCUGCCUAGCAUACGCAUCACAGCGCACCAACCAUCAAAACUGAAGGCAUUGUAUUCAGCUAUUCAUCCCUUUCCUCACUGGACCUGCAGCUGCAGGUUACUGCACAAGUGGCUGCUACACAGAGAAUAACUAUUACCCGAAUUGUGUUUCUCAAAAUUACACAGGAAGCAAAGAGACUUUAUAGUUUUCUCUUCCAUAACUUUAUCAAACUCUGCUUUUCCAUUGUUGCUGUACUCAUAAAAUGCAUUAUAUGCAAGUGAAAUAGGAAAUAAGUUUGGAAAACAACAAAUUACUAUUGCAACUUCCUGGCGAGUUUUAGGUUCUUUAAAGAUAACUUUAAAAGCUUUAUUUGUUUUCUUUAUGUUUCUUCAGAUUUUUUAGGAAUUUAAAUCAUUGGUGGGUGUUCAAGGGCCAUUGUAAAGCUGCACUGGAGUCCAGUUGGUUGCUAGUACAGGGGGUGGGGGUGGGGCAUUCCUGGGAGCAGAGCCAAUGCUAGUCAGCUUCCCCCCAGGUUUGACCUCAUGGUCAAAAAAUCAUGUGAUACUCACAGGGGCAUA